AGCAGAUGGUCCAAACUCUUCAGUUUUCUCGGGGUGAAGAGGACUCUGGGAUUUUCCUUGCACUUUCGGGCCCCUGGUCAGGUACCUGGUCUUCAUAGUGACGUCCCUUAGUCCCUUAGCACCAGUGAGGUGCCAGCGUCCCGUGGGAUUCCCAGGUCUGGAGGGUGACGCUUGGGGUUUCCCCUAGCUGAUAGGAGCAGCAGGUCCGGCCCUCCCCGAGGCGGGGCUUUGAAAGCUUGAGGCCAGAUCUGGUCCCGGAGGCCGCCGAGCCCCCCAGGUUCCCCGACCAGCAGUUCCGGGAGUGCCAUGGGACAGCUGAUAGCCAAACUGAUGCGAAUCUUUGGGAGCCAGGAGCACAAAGUCAUCAUCGUGGGACUGGACAAUGCAGGAAAGACCACCAUUCUCUACCAGUUCCUGACUAACGAGGCGGUUCACACGUGUUCAACCAUUGGUAGCAACGUGGAAGAAAUUGUUCUUCAGAAGACUCACUUUCUCAUGUGGGACUUAGGGGGCCAGGAGACUCUGCGCUCCACCUGGGACACGUACUACUCCAAUGCUGAGUUUGUCAUCCUUGUGAUCGAUAGCACAGACCGGAAUCGGCUGCUGACCACCCGGGAGGAGCUGUAUAAGAUGCUGGCCCAUGAGGCACUUCGAGAUGCCUCAGUCCUGAUCUUUGCCAACAAGCAGGAUGUGAAAGACUCCAUGACCACAGCAGAGAUCUCCCAAGUCCUCACACUCAGUGCCAUCAAAGACCACCCGUGGCAAAUCCAGGGCUGCUGCGCUCUCACUGGAGAAGGGCUGCCAGCUGGGCUCCAGUGGAUGAAAUCUCAGGCCACCACCAAGUGAUGUUCCAGCCUGAAGCCAACCAGAAACCACACGGUUAGCACCGGUGUGAAAACCCAGUCGUUUUGCUGGUGGAAACAGAGUGGACAGAGAGACUGCCCCUGUCCUCUCAACUGUCGCUAAGGAGCUGGACCAAAGACUUCAAGUUGGGACAGACAGAGCCACGGAGGAAACUGCCCCUCACUGAGGAGACACAGGGAACCUGUUGAGUGUGUUGGGGGACCCCCUCCCAGCCCUCACCUUGUGUCUGCCCGAAAGCAAGAGAUCUUUGACAUUGGGCCCUAUCCAUUAGACAACGGAGAUUCCAAAAAAGGAGGCAACAAGGAUCCAGCCAAAAGUUGGGGGAUGGGGUGACAUGGAGAGGUGGAGGAUGGGAGGACAGAACAUUCCAGACAGAGGCAAUCCUUCACACUUCGCGCUCGCCUUUCUGCUCCCUCUUGGAUGCUAACUCCGACCACAGCUUUUGGGUCUAAGUCAUCACGUGGUAUCUCCUUCCCUCUCAGUGUCCUUCCGGUGUGAGUCCCACUCCUCUCAAAUGCCAAAGGUUUCUACAGGACCUACUUAUUUUGUCUUUGUGCCAUGCUUAAAAAACAAAACACAACGCAUUGCAUUAAGAUUUAAAAAGUAAAGGUAUAUAGUAAGUGCUAUUGAAAA